GUGUAUCAAGAGCGGGAGAUCAAUGACUGAAAACUGAAAAUUCAGAAAGUGCACAAGUUGUGAAAAAGCUUGUCAUCAAGUAGCGAUUUGUGUGGUGACAGUAGAGGGGCUGCAUAUAGCUAGAAAGUGGCCCCUCUCCUGCAGGCUUGCAGCUAUCCAUUCCAUUCCAUGCACCGUCGUCGAUGUCUUGUUUGUGUUAACCUUCUAUCUCACAUGAAUCGAGCUGUAAUAUAGUCGACCAAGCGUGUAAAGUGUGUUAAAAAUCGUAUGUGGACGAGGAUUUCUUCGUUGUGCGAGUUUAACCUAGCCUGUGACCCACUACUAGCUAUCGACAAUCACAACUACUACGAACAUGAAGGCAUUUGACUUGUAGCACUCUCGAAGACAGUGUCUAGUGUCUUGCGGAAGACUGGACAAGUGAACACGAGUUGAGAUCGCUUCCCCUCGGUGAUAAACUGUUUCUCUUGUGAACCUUGACCUUAGCCAAAACAACGGCCGAUUACGAAGAAUCGCGGAAAAGUACUAUUCGGGAACCGAGAUAUUUUCCAUGAGUUUUCCGAUAUCGGCCGAUAAGGCGCUCAGGUGAUGUGUGCAAAUUGCUUUCGCUUAAGAAUAAUUUAAUGUAAAUAGAGUUAAUGUUUAUUAAUAAUCCUUGUAUGUAAGACCUCGUUGCGGUGUAGUGACAUAAACACGAGUGUGUGGCAAUACGAAUUAAAAACAUUUUAACUCAAUUAUGGGAUAAAAUAAGUAUUUUUAAUAAGCUCCAGCUCAAGCAUCUUUUUACAUUUUUCGACGAGUAGCACCGAGUGAAGAUGUUAAAUUGUACGGAUCUAGAGUGUAUUCUUCACCAUCAUCACUAUUACGCCCACCUACACCACCUCAAACAUGGAACUCAUGUGGAAGAAGGAGCAAUGUCUACCGAGACAGAAGGAAUUAGUGAUGAGGCGAUACGAGGGUUACUCAAUGACACGGAUUCGGAGUUAUCCAAUCUAUCACAUCUCGAUGCACCGAACGAAAGUUUGUACAUGAUUGGGGGAGUUUGUGUGGCCAUGUUUAUGGUGGGAGUCAUCAUAGUCCUGUUGGCGGUGACGAUUAGCAAAUUGAGGAAGCGAGAGGAGCACAGCAAUAGCGUGCACCCCGCCGACGUCGUUCUGCAUCAAACGACACCAGCAGCUGCCACUUUGGCCACCCAAACGCCAACCGCCCCUCAGGCACUGCAACCCGAUCCCUUGGCGUAUCGUGGACAGUUCCUUUGGCAAUAUCCCCCGCCUCCACCGCAGCCGUAUAUGUACAACAAUGACCAGGAUACUCUUGUACAAAACCUUCCAACGGAGCGGCCGGGAUUCGUCCGAGGUUUCCGCAAGAAUUUGGGCGGUCGUUGGCGACGUCUCGUUAAAAGGAAGCCGCCGACAGAGGUGUAUACCAUUCCAGCCGAAUUGAAGCCUCAGCUGAAGCAGAUAUACGUUUAUUGAUGAUGUGACCUCGACGGGGCGAGCGGCCCUGGACGCGGUCACCGCCAAGAGACACUUCCUUCCUGCAGCUUCUCGGCAAAGGCGUCUGGAAGCUGAUGUCGGCCUUCCUCAAUGAGACUGAUUAAUAUUAACAAGUUUUAGUUUAUUACUCGUAUGGAUCUUCACUCCAAUAUGACAAUGGAGCUUAGGAUUAGUUGAUAGUCGCUGUAAAUAAAUGUAAAGAAUUAGGGUUAGUCCUAUUUCGCAGACUAAAUUCAAAACAAAACCAACAUUUGUGAUUUUAAAUCGAUAACUGCACGUUGAAUUCCCGAUUUAUCCGGAGAAUUUGUCGUGCUGAUAUUUUUUAUUUAGGAAAAUUGUCAAUGCGCUUCUCUAGAUAAAUUUACAUUAAUUUGUAGUGAUUUUUAAGUAGCUUAGUUAUAUAUUGUGACUCAUAUUGAGUUCAGGCAUUCUUGAAUGUUGUGAUUUUUAAGUAUUUUUUCAUAAUACACAUUCAUGAAUCUCCAGUUUUGCUAUCGGUCAAUAAACUUGUUCUGUAUGAAUUAUGUAGCCUAUGGGAUGAAGCCAUCCGGACUUCUCAUACUAGUCAGAUAUUGCUAAGUAAUUGUAUCAGACGUUGGAAAGAAUAUUUUUAAUAUUGCAGUAAAUUAUUUCAGUAUUAUAAUUAAUUUAUUAUGAUAUUUAUGAUAGCACAAAUUGUUUCAAAUUAAAUGAUGAUAGCAAAUGAAAAUUAGUUACCUACAUAUCAGGCCAAUGUUCAUGUAAAUAAAGCAAUAACAAAAUACUUCACAAUAAAUUAUUGUUACUUUUUGAAA